AUGAAUGAGACGCCAAACAGUAAUGAACCUCUUCAACUCUCCAUACUUGUUUCAGAUCCACAAAAACAACGGGAUGAACAAGGCAAAUCGUCCUUUUACGUGACUUAUCAAAUUUCAACAAAAACCAGCGAUAAAUCGUACUACGAUGCAUAUCAUAAGCAGCAAAACCAUUCGCAAGACAAAAAUGAUGGAAACUCGGUAGAGAUUAUAGUAGUCCACAGGCGUUAUAGCGAUUUUCUGCUGCUGCAAAGUAUUUUAAGCCAGGAUAAUCCUACGUGUGUGAUUCCUCCACUUCCGGACAAGAAGGUCUUCCAGUACAUCGCAGGUGACCGGUUCAGUCAAACUUUCACGCAAAAGAGAUGUCAUAGUCUACAAAAUUUUCUGAGACGAAUUUCGGAACACCCGGUGCUUUCUAAAUCGCAACUCCUGAUGACAUUUUUGACCAGUGGGGACUGGGAUGCGUACCGUCGUAGUCUGUCAGGAUCAUUGAACGGUGGCAAAGAUGAGGUGAGUGAUACUUUCAUGAACGCAUUUAAGUCUGUGCAUAAUCAAACUGAGGAAUUUGUGGAGAUCAAAGAGAAAAGCGAUAAAUUAGAUCAUAAUGUCUCCAAAAUUGACAAGGUCUUUCAUCGAGUUGUGAAACGACAGGAUUCGAUAUCGGAUGAUUACCUGAAAUUUAGCACGCAUCUUCAGGACCUGCAGGAACUGGUCUCUAAUAAUUCUGUUGAGGAUGAAACUCUAAGAUCAAAAGUCAAGCUUUUCAAUGAAGGUAUCUCUCAACUGUCGUAUGGACUCAAGGAUCUAAGCAAAUUUCUGGAAUACGAGUACAUUGUUGAUUUGAAAGAUUUAGAGCAUUAUAUCGACAGUGUCAACCAAACGGUCAAAAUGAAGGAUCAAAAACAAAUUGAUUACGAAGAGCUAAGCAACUACCUAACGAGGUCGAUCAAUGAAAAGAAUAAUCUGAUUUCAGGUUACGGAGGCGGGAAUUUUUUCACCAGUAAGCUAGAAGAACUAGCUGGUAUUAAUCAAGAAGCGGCAAGACGAGAGAAGAUCUCUAAGCUUGAGUCCAAGAUCACAUCACUGACAGGCGAAGUCGACAAUGCUAAAGAGGUAGCAGAUGCAUUUGAGCGCGCCGUUCUAAAAGAGGUGGCCAUUUUUGAAGAAAUCAAAACGAAAGAAUUGAAAAACUCUUUAGCGUCACUGGCCGACAAUCAGAUUGAUUUUUACAAGAAAAUGGUGGACACUUGGACAAAAGUGGAGGAAGGUUUAUGA